GUUAUGUUCAUGAGCAGCUCCUGGGUUGCCUGAGAUCUCAUACUUCCUGAGCUUAUAGUCAGCCUGGUUGAUACAGUCAUUGUUUACGCAGGCAUCUUGUUACUCUGCUUCUCUAUACAACCUGCCAGUUAACACCGACACUGAAGAUAAUUCGGCAGCAUGUCCAAGAACCUUACAGACCAUGUCGAGGAUGUGGCAAGCCCGCCCAUCCAGAAGGAUAAACUGGGCGUAUCAAGACAGCAGUGGGACCCCAGCUCUAUCGACCCAGCGAUACGGAAGAGGGUGGUGCGAAAGAUUGAUUGUUUCGUGAUUCCCUUCAUCUGCAUCACUUACCUUAUCACAUACAUAGACAAGGCCAUGCUGGGAUAUGCAGCUGUCUUCGGUUUAAAGGAGGAUCUGCACUUAAAGGGAGAUGAGUAUAGCUGGCUAGCAAGUAUGUUUUACUUCGGGUAUCUAGCGUUUGAAUAUCCCUCGAGUCUGGUGAUGCAGAAGCUUUCGGUGCCGAAAUGGCUUGCGGCCAAUAUGAUUGUUUGGGGUGGGAUAACAAUGGCCCUCGCAGCAUGCCAUGGGUUCCAGAGCUUCCUGGCCCUGCGGUUCCUGCUAGGAGGCUUGGAGUCGUGUUCCACCCCUGCUUACCUCCUGAUCACGGCUACUUGGUAUACAGUCGAAGAGCAACCCAUUAGAAUCGGGUGGUGGUCGACGUUCCUGGGAGUUGCCAACUCCUUUGGUGGUCUGUUGGCUUUCCUGAUCGGCCAUAUCCACGGUUCCCUUGCCUCGUGGCAGUAUCAGUUCAUUAUUCUUGGGGCUGUUUCGGUGGGAUGGGGAGCCUUCAUGAUGUUCACGCUGGCAGAUGGGCCGUAUAAUGCUUCCUGGUUGAGCGAAGAAGAAAGAAAAGUUGCUGUCAGACGCCUUGAUCCCGCUCAUUCUGGGGAACCUGUCCACGAGAUCAAACGGUCUCAUAUCCAGGAAGCACUCACGGACCCCAAGACAUGGCUCUUCUUCUUCUGCGGUGUGUGCACGCAGAUCGUGAACGGGGCCGCCAGCAACUUCGGCAGCCUGAUCAUCGAGGGAUUCGGGUACUCGAACCUCGUGACGACUCUCUUCCAGAUCCCGUACGGGAUGGUCAUCCUGGUCUCGAACGUCUCCGCGAUGUAUCUCCAGCGCUGGCUGCCCGGCCAGAAACGCUGCAUCGUGGCCUGUCUCUACGUGUGUCCGGCCGUGGCAGGGGCUGUGGGGUUGCAUACAAUAUCCCGAGCGCAUUCCAUGGCGUUGCUGGUGUGCUACUGGUUAACGAGUACAUACACCGCCUCGUUCGCGAUGAUCAUGUCGCUCAUCACGGCCAAUACGGCGGGCGCAACGAAACGGUCGACGACCAACGCCGUCUUCUUCAUCGCUUACUGCGUGGGCAACAUUGUGGGUCCGUUCAGCUUCAAGAGUAGUGAGGCGCCGACAUAUACGUCGGGGAUUGUGACGAUGCUGGUGGCGUACUGCGUGGAGAUUGUCCUCUUGCUUGUCGUUGCGGCUUACAUGGCGUGGCUCAAUCAGCGGAGGGAUGCAGUCGUGGCUGCUGAGGGAGUGCGUGUGGAUGAUGCCGCCGAGCAGGUCGACCUGACGGAUAGGGAGAAUGUGUACUUUCGGUACUCUUAUUAGUUGUAGGGUCAUAUUGGUAUCAUGGACCUAGG